AUGGAGAAGUUAAAGGGCGCACUGAAGGGAAUAUGUUCCCAGCUGAAUAGCGACAGUGAGAAGGAGAUCGAAAGAGGACUAAAAAGCCUGUAUGGGCUGAUAAAAAAUAAUGGAGACCUCGAUGAUGAAGAUUACAACAUGUGUGUGAAUGUUUUAAUUGAAAAUAACUACCUCGAUGUGAUAAUUUUUGUGUUAUCUCUGGAGGCUGCGAAAACUAAGGGAACCAAGUCAGUACACAACAUUAAUCGGAGAUAUGUUGAAAUAAUUUUUUAUAGUUUAAAUUGGCUCCUUCGAAACAAGUUGGGGAAAACACCCCCGGAUGAUGAGUGCCAAAUACAGUUUGUCAAAUCAGAGGCCUUCCGAAAUGUAGGUCUUUUCUUGUGUGAACAAAUGAACCUUCUAGAAAUUGUGAUUUUGAACAACUUCAGUUAUAACCGAAUAUUUAUUUUAAAUGUCAUUCUCUACCUUUUCCUUUUCCAUGAGAAGUUUCAUUUUGUUUUUCGUUCCUCCUCGUUGUUAUUAAAUUUGAUUGAAUUGAAAAAGAAUCUCAAAAAUGUUUCCGAGUUGAAGCGGAAAAAUGAGUUGACCCAUUUGGAGGACAGUGGCGAAGAGCUGGAUGACGUGAUAGACGAGAAGGUCCAGAGGGAACGGCGGGAGAUCCUCGAUGGGGAGGAAGACCAAAGUGUUCCAACGGAGGGUGAGUCCCCUUUGGGAGAAGACUCACAAAAUGACGACAAUUCAGAAGAAGGGAACUCUCGUGAUACAAAAAACGGGUACAAGAAGUACUCCACAGGCGAUGGAUACAUCAAAGAGGACGAAACUCUUCUUUGCAGUUACAAUUUUCAAAACGAAGUUGUACUUUUGUAUAAGCACUUACUCAGCAGGAGUACUAUAGGGGGUGUGACAAAUGAGAGGGAAAAAAAGAGGAUUGUGGACAAUUGCGAAUUUUACGCAGAAAUGCUAAUAAGGAAGAAAAAUGGAAAAACGAAAAUGUUUAAUGAAAAAAUUUUAGAUAGGAAAAGGGAGAAGCACAAAAGAAGAAAACGAAGUAGACGUGACACAGAUGAAGCAGUUCCAAAUAGCAGAGCCGUCAACAAGGACGAUUUCGAAGCAGUGAGGGUGGCGAUCCUAGUUAUGUGUGCAUACUGCUACUUGGAUAGCACUAGGAGCGAUAAAAUACACACCCAUUUUCACACGAUCUGUGAAGAGAUACGCAAAAUAUACUGCAGCAGUGGGGAAACGCUACGACACUACAUUAUUCUGUGCCUUUACAAAAUUUUAGAAAAAAGUGAGACAUAUAAAAAUAUGAAUGUUUUUUUUAAUGUGAUAAAAUUUGUUGGAAUUUUCUUCAAUUAUGUACAGAGUGAGAUGGACACGACGGUGCUGUUUUUUAUAAACGAGUUGUUAAAGAGGAGGAAUUUUAGCGAAAUAUACAAAAAUGGAAAAUUUAAUUGUAAUUGUAUCUUCCUUUUGAAGUGUUCGUAUGAAGAGGAGAAUGAAGACAGGGGGGGAGAAAAGAAGGGAAAAAAAAGGCGUUCCCCAUUUGACUCUUCUCCCUCUGCAUCAUCGUAUUACCUAGCCGUAAAUUGUAAUAGAAAGGACAGGGGAGGUGAGCUAGGCAACAUGUAUGGUGAUUUGUUCGAUGGCACCAAACACAUGCAAAAUAAGACGUAUGCGCAAGUGGGAAAUCAACUGUUCGUGAUAGGAAUACAGAAAAGAGACAUUCGUAGAAUAUGCCUCAUCUUCGCAAAUCUAGAAAUGUAUAUAGCUACCUGCAUAAGAGAUACGAAGCAGUAUUUAAUCACACGCCACGUGAAGGAAGAGGAGGAGGUUGUUCUGUUGAGGGAUAAGUCCUACAAUGAUGAAAAGCUAAUCCGGAACAAAGUGAAUAAUGCUUUCCUCUCUUUCUUAACUGACUUAAAAAUAAAUUUUUUUAUUAACCAUUACCUUAUUGUAAUCAGUAUAGAAAAGUACCAGCACUUUAUCAACCUCUACUAUGGCAGCAGCAAACUGCACGUUUUAACAUGUGACGACAACCUUUUUUUGUUUCUGCUUCUCUUCAUUGAUGUUAGUAAAAUAUUCUUCCUGCAUAGGACCACUGGGGCGAAUAUUCCCAGGAAGGGGGAAAAAGCAAUGUGCCACUUGCCCAUCCAAGUGUGUGGAUACUUCACCCUUCGAUGUAACGACAUGCAGCAGAGCACUAUAAUUGGUACAAACCCAGUAGGGGACAUACCCGAUCUGUGUCUCGAUGAAGGGGCAAUUGCACUCACGACAAGUGAAAAGAAGAGAAAAAUGAGUAGCGGGGCACCAAGCGAUGAGAACAGGGACAAGUUGGGAAGGAAAAAAAAGAAACUAGAAAGAACUAGCAGUGAUUUAAUAAAUAACAACUGCUUGAACGAAUCGGGAGAAGGUCCCCCCAGCUUGCUGCAAUACAGGUAUGUGUACCAAAGUGUCAAUAACGAAGUGGUGCGAAAUACAAAUUUUUUACAGCUAUGUGGAGAGGUAAUUCAUUACAAAAUAUUUAUAGAAUUGUACGACGCGAUUAAAGAGGGGUCUAUAGGGAACAGUGAAGGAGCGAUAAUUGAUCGCAGGGUGGUGAUGCAAAAUGUGAAAGAAGCCAACAAUUAUCUGCACCAUUUGGAUAACGAAUUAAAUUACAAGAAAAAAAUUGAAGAAGUUUUGUUUUUUUUCAUACCUAUGAAUGUAACAAAGUAUAUUGUAGAAAUGUUUACCAAGAGAGAUAAGCACAACUACUACAAUUAUUUUAUUAUGUGCUACUUGCACUACACAUUCGAAAUUUACAAGUGUGUUUCCAUGUUCAUACUGUCUCUGGAUUCGUUCCUGCCCUUCCCUCAAGGGGUGAACAAAAUCGUUUUGUUGAACAGGAUAAAAGAAGACCUAUCCCUCGCUUUUUACAACCUCGUUAGUUCAUACUACCUGUUCGAUAUUGCGUAUAUAAAUAGGUACAUUAUAAAUGAGAUUAAAGGGGCGCAAAAUAAUGAGGGGUGUAGGAAGGAUACCCGUGAUAGAGGCAACCCUCUUCAUGACAACGACUCGGAUGACUACACCUUUAACGUCGGCGUCAAGGAUCACGAAAUAGUGAAUACGAGAAGUGAAAAAAAUCAGGAAAAACGCGAGCAGAUCCUUCAGUUGCAUUACUUCCUGAAUGACGUCCACAUAAAUACGGACAAUUUGUACGUGUACCAUUUUAUGCUAGUGACGACUUUUAUCAACCUGUUCGACGAUUGCGAGUUGAAGAAAAAAUUAUUAAAUGAGCUGUACAGUCAGAAGAGAAUUAUAGAAGUAAGAAAUUUUGAAUUGUUUGUAAAUGUUAACGACAAUGUGUACAAUAUAUUCUUGAAAUUAUUUUUCGAGAAGUGUUAUUUCCCCCUCGAAAGUUACCAUUUGUUGGAUAAUUUGUUUUCCAUUUUAACGUACUACAAGAAGAGGGUGCUUUCACCACACGCAGAAUGUUCGUCAGAUGUGCAGUUGGCAUUUUACUCCUUCGUGGAGACCCUUAUACACAAAAUGCUGAGGAAGACGAAAUUUUUCGACUCCUCUCUUGUGGAUGAUGUGCUUUUGUUUUUGAACUUUUUGAGGGCCAUUCGUAGCUUGCGCGAGUUCGUCGUUGCGCUGUCCGUUUUUUGUCGCCUUUUUAACUUGCACAGAAGUAGGGCAAUGCAUCUUGAUGGGGGCGCGCCUGAUGAAGUGGCUGGGGAACAUUCCAUCGAAAAGGUGGGGAAGAGUACAAAAGAAUUCCAAAAGGGGAUCCUGCGUAAGAGUGAAGCCUCCCCGUUUUUCAAGCUCCUAGUAGAACUGUUCUUCACGAACAACUUGAACUUGGCCCUAAAGGGAAUACCAAUUAUGAAGGUCAUCAAGGAGGAGAAGCAGACUAAGGGAGGCGCCGGCGAUGUGUUCGAUUACACCCUUGAGGACAUCGUACAGGUGUAUAUAAACUACCUGGGUUAUGUAAAAUAUGUUUUGUUGUUGAACCCCUAUGUUUAUGUUAGCGUGAGAGAACUGUUAAAGAACCAGAGAAGUUUAGGGGAACUGUUUUGUACCUUUACGAGGAAGAAGGACUUUUUACAAACUAGGGAUGACCUUUGUGAUAGUCAAGGGGGAGGAACUACACCCAGCAAUUCCGCCGCGUUUAAUCCAUCGAGUGAGAAGCCACAAUCGGGUGUAACCAACAUGGUGGAAGGGUCUGAAGAAAGCGUAGCAUAUCAGAACAAAUCGAAUAAGCAGAAGGCUGCCUUUGUGAGUUUUACAACAUUUUUACAAAGCAUAGAUUCCUUUUUAUGGCAAAUUGAGAAGGUUCAAAUGGGGCAGAAUAAUUCAGCAGAAUAUCAGGAAGAAAUAAAACAGCUCUGCAGUGAGGUACAAAAAAAGGAUGUAACUAAUGAUGGAAGUAAUAAUCCAAAUGGUUCCUUUAUUGUACAAAAAAGUGGUACAGCUGAUAUUGAUGGGGUCUUUCCAAACGGGGGCGAAAACGUGUUGCAGAUUUACUUGCAACAUAAUAACAUUGCAUUUUAUUACACCAGUGUAGAUAACCUGGAGCAGACGAAGAAAAAAUGUGAAGAAGCUGAACUAUUGCUUUACAAUUUGUGCAAUGUUAGCACUCUCAUAGUUAAUUAUUUCUUCACCACUUAUGCGUACCUAAAUGGUUAUGGUAACGUUGACACCAACACGCUACAGUAUUUGAUUGACAAAAUAAGCAAAACGGUGGAGGUCUUCCUUGCCCUGAGUGCCACUGUAGGUAGAAACAUUCAUUCAUAUGUGGAACACACAAGAAGAUACAAAGAUGUUAAGAAUAUAAUCGCUAGUUGUGGAAGUAGAAAACAACAAGGGGAUACAAAAUAUGACGCCAAUAAUUUCUUUCAAAAGAUACGUAAUUUAAGUAGGUCCAUGUGUUUUUUGUUUGUUCAUAUUUUUAAGAAUGGAUUAUUUAUAAAGUUAUUGGAUCAUCUGCAGAAGGGACUUAAAACGAAUGGUGUGGUUUUUCACCACUUCGCACAUCUUAUCCUGUGUUACGUGCAUAAGAGCAUCCAACUGUUUAAUCUAAAAAAGAAGAGGUAUAAGAAGCCUGUGGGGGAGAGCCUUGUUAAUUUGAUACAUAUCAUUGCGGAACAGGAUACACAUAACGGGGAAGAACAAAUUAAGGGGAAAUUAUCCCUCAUGAUUCUGUCCUUGCUACAGAUGUUAGAUGCGAAGGGAGGUUUUAUGAGGAAGUUAAUAGUUGGAAACACUUCCUCUAAGGGUGACAGUAACCAAACUGACAAUGAUCCAAAUGGGGAGGAGGAAGCCAUAGGAAGCUGCAGGUCUUUUCUUUUGAAACAUAUCGCUCUUUUUUUCGUCAACAUUAUGCGUAGCGAAAAGGAGAAAAACGGUUUUAAGUUUGGACUACAAAAUGACGUGAAAGGUAUGCACCGAAGCGGUGUUAACACAGUGGCACUACUAAUUGAAACCAUCACGCGAGAUAAACGCUUGGAAGACGAAAUGAACGCCAUCCUAAAUGAGUUGUGCGAGUUGUAUGUUAAGAAGUGGUACGGCGAUAGCGGUUGCCCGCUGAGUCGUGUCAUUGUGGAAAGGGUUAUUCGCCACGGUAUCAGGAGGGAGGAAAAUGGCACCUCCGAUAGAAGUACCACUCAACAUUACUUCUUCCGUGGUAUCAAAAACGAGCGAACACAUGUGCAGCGGCGUGGGGACAUCAAGAGAGAAAUAGAAGCGCACGUUCUGCAGAAGCAUGUGGCCCUUUUCGAUUUGAAGGCCCCCCCAGAGCAAGCAGCCUGUAAUAACACCAUGGAGAAUUACAUUUUUAUGAUUUUUCUUUACUUGAUGGAAAAUAAGUACACCCCUCCACUGUUUGACCAAAUUGAUAUACAGCGCUUAGAGAGCGUAACGUAUGAAGAGGUAUUUAUGUUGCCUAGAAAAUUUUUCUCAGACAUGUUGGCCGAAAUUUAUUUGAAGAAAUUUGCACACGCAUACAAAUCUAUUUAUAGAAGGCGAAACAGAAUUAGCUUGCUGUUGUUAAGCACGAAGAAGACGAAAAAUAAAAAUUGCCUAUUAAUAGCCUUAUCCGUUUUGUACUUUUUGGGAAACAUGCUAAGUGGAAAAGAUCGAAUGCGACAGCUGCUUCGAGAUUACGGCAAAGACGUUAUAAGGAGAAUAUGCGAAGUCGAAUUCUUCUACUUUUAUGGGUACUUUUACAAAAAUGACAUUCCCAAGGGUGAGUAUAUGAUGAGAUGCUACGAGAGAGUCAUGUUUUUUGCCUUCAAGGGAAUUUUUAAAAAUUUGAAAAGGGGCAGCGCAGAAGAGGAAGAAGAAAUGGGGCGUAGAAAUAGUGGUGAUGCGGUACAUAACGAGAGCUUCACCAAAGGAACGUUAAGAACAGGAAGAACAAACGAUCAUUGCACUUUGCUAGUUCUACUUUUGCAAAUGGUUAAUCAAAAUGUGAGGAAAUUUAAGAUGGAAAGGAUGGUGGAUGGACAUGUUUGCGAUCUGCUAACUGACCUAGCGUUUUGUGCAACAGGGAAGACAAAUCAUUUUUAUUAUGAAAAUGCAAUGAAAAACUACAUGUACAUUUUUAGCGAGCACGACGUGGGUGAGCUGAAAAAGGGCAAAAAAGUGUAUGUCGUUUUCUACGCCUUCUUCUUGCUUCUCAAAUAUGUGAAGUUCAGAAACUUAGACGUGCGCAUGUUGGUUGAGGCUUUUUUCAGAGAUGUUCAUGUAGGGAGGCUCAUUGUGCAGCAGUUGGAAGCGUUUAGGGUGAAGCGAGGGGUUGCGAAAACCACCCAUGGGGGAACCCAUGAUAAUUGUGAUGAUGAAGGUGAUAAUGAGCGCAGUGGUGGGUACAAUGAUGAGUGCAAUGAUGGAAGCAAGAACGCCCUCCUGUUCAUCUUAAAACUGGUAAAAAUAUUUUACGAAGAAUGGUAUGAUCAGAGCAGAGGGAAGGUACCCGAAAUGCAAGCCAUAUGUUUGAAAACGCUAAACAGGGAUCUAUUCAACGCGCUGAAGAAAACGUACAGUUACACCCUGGAAAGUGUGGAUGUGCACAUAAGAAGCAUUUUCUUCGUGGACAUUUCGCAUUAUUUGAAGUCGGUCACGAUGGAGAGUAUCCUGGACAAUAAGCUAAUCGAUGAAGUGUUGAAAUUUAAAGAAUUUAAUUUAGAUAAUGAUGGAAGGUACGAUUGGCUGAAUAUGAAUACGAGCAUGCUGAAUAAGACGUGCCUCUACUUUUAUAUGAAUGAAAAUGUGCGCAGGAAAUUGGAAAGUGGGGAGAAGCACUUUUUGUUUUAUCUGCACAUGAACAGAUCAGGGCAGAGCGAAUGUUGCGAGAGGGAAGUUUACCCCUUGGGGGAAGAACUUAACCACAACGCGUUCUGCAACGGGGGUGCAAAUGGUUCUAGUUGUGUCCAAUCGGAUGAGCAACAGUUACGUAGGAAAGGAGGACUCCACAGUGAUUACUACCAAACGAACGGGAAUAUGAAAAAAGGAGAACUGUUGCUGAAGCUUUACAGGACAAAAUUCCCUCAUUGCAUAAUGAGCCAAAAUGAAUAUAUUAAAAGGGAAGCCUUUUUCUUAGCACAUAGAAUAAAGUUGGAAGAUAACAUUUAUGAUUACCUCUUUUUGUUGUGCUUAAUAGUUAGCAAAUUAAUUUUGUGCUUUGUGUUGAUGGCGGAAAAGUUGAGAAUUUUUGUUUAUCACUUUAGAAUUUUGUACACAACGUAUCGCCAUGAGAAUGUGUUUUUAAAUUUUGACUUGCUAAAUAUGCAGGAGAUUAACAGAAAGAUAAAGAAUUACAUAAGGAAGUACCCAGAUAUUCAUUUCUAUAUAGACUAUGACAACAACGAGGAUGAGGAAAGAGGACGGGCACACGAUGGGGGCAAUGUGAUUGGAGGUGGUUUGGGGAAUUUCUCCCGCACAUAUGGUAACAAUGGCGACACCGAUCCACACAACAGUUAUAACGGAGGGAUGCAUCAUAUGAAGGAACACACAAAGAGAGGCUUCCCCCUUGGAAGUUCCAACAAACUUGUCUCGUACGAUGAAGAAAAGGAACAUUUUUACCAUUUGAAGAAGAACGAGAAAAAUAAUAGCAACUGCAAAUUUUGUAUAAAAUUCAAACAAAUUCACAGCGUGCACAGAUCCACAAGAAUUUUAGAUUUACUGGACAAGGAAGAAAAAGCGAAUAUAAAGAAUAUGAUUUACUAUGGAAAGACCAUUCGAACGAGUAUUUUUAUGAAUAGCCCGUAUGAAGGUAACGCGUAUAAGAAUUGCAGCACAUUUAGGGAGGAGCCCCAGGAGGAAGUUGAUGGGGACGUUGCACAGGAGGGUUUUCAAAAUGGGGAUAACAAACAGAAUGGUGUUGGCAAUGAAAGUGCCGAUGAUGGAAGUGCUGACCCGGAGAACUCGUCCAAUGAGAACGGUCACCAUGGCGAUCACCAAAACGGAGUCCAGGGAAACUACACAGGAAGGAGCGCCACGCAGAAGGGGAAAAUGGCAAACAUGAGUAGGAAUCACCCCAGUAGCAGCAUCAACACAGACUGUAUAGUCGACAGUAGCGAUCUAUUGUACGGUAGAAAAAUGAAAGAUAUUCAUUUUAAAAAAAAUUACAAAAAGUUGCUAAAGAGAUACCUUCUUAACGACAUUGACUUCUUUGGGAAGUGGAUAAAAGCGUUCUCCAUGAAUGCAUUGAAAAUUUUAAUAUUCUGUUUGAGUAGUAAUGACAUCAUAGUGAGGAUGAUUAGCAUAAAGGGGUUGUCCAUAUUUUACCAGUUGAUUGAGAAUUCGUUUGUGCUCUAUAAAAUUAGGAAGCGAUUAAAUUCGUUUAGGAGAUCUCGCGGCGCAAGUGGGCAGACGGAAGAAGCAGGUCAUGGCGUAAUAUGGAAAAAUAGCUUUUCGGAAAGGCACCACAAUAGUAGCAUUAGUAUGAACAAUAGUGGGGGUCGAAAAAAGAAGCAACGGAUGUUGGUAAUUCCCUUCAAGGAACUAUUUUAUUUGUUCUUCUUUAUGAAGAAAUUAAAAUAUUCAGUAGACCCCAAUUCGUACUAUAUAAACCCCUGCGUGUCGACUUACUCCUUUUUUUUAAUAAACGAAAUUUACAAGAAAAAAGGCUUCAGAGACACUCUUAAGAACCUGAUUAGGAACAAAACGUUUUCGGUUCAUUUUUUUCACGCAUAUUUGAAUAACCAGUUUAGGAAGACAAAUUUUACGUCGCUAAAUGUCAUCAAUUUCUUGAUCAUUUCGACGCAGGCGCUUUUCUCCACGAGGUAUAACUUGAGGGGCAGCGCCCGGGUGAUCGAGGGUGAAAGUGGUGAAAAAUGUGAACAAGAAUAUGCAGAUCACCAAUGGGGGAGCGGCCAAGAAGAUAACUCAUCAUACACACAUUACAACAAAGCACAUGGAAGAUCAACGUUCCAGCAGCAUGAUAAUGAUGGGGACUAUUCCACCCGAAAUGCAAAUUACACCACCGCGUAUGAUCAGAAUGGCGACUAUAUGGAUGAGCACCAGUACAAUGAUAGUGCAACACACGCCCAACGGCAAAAUAACACCAUCGAUAGGAGCUUCUUCGCAACGUCCAACGUCAACCACAGAAUGAUUUACGAUUUUCAAAAUGAGGAUGAGGAUGUGGAAGAAGAGAAUGAUAACAGAAACAGAGUUACCAACAAAGAGAAGGAAGAAGAAGAAACUAUGGAUAAACUGCAAUACAUUCAGGGGAAUCAUAAAAAUGCUAUAAAAACGAUUCUGAAUAUAUUAAAUAAAAAUAACAUUUUCGAGAUUUACCUGACUAUGUUUUUUAGUAAUUAUCUGAACUACAAUUUGUUGAAGAAGUUUUUAAUUCUGCUAGUCAUGUGUAGUGGAGUGUUGGUUCUCGAGGAUAUGCAAUUUGAUUGUGUGGGGGAUGGUGACACGGAGGAGAGAAAGCGCAACGGAGUUAGUGAUGGGCAGGCGGAUGAACAGCAAGACGGUAGUGGUCACGCAUACUAUGGUGAAAGCCGUGCACAAGAGAAUGCAGCGAAUGGGACCAACGGGGAAAAGGGGGGCAGCGGCACGGACCAGAACAACUGCGACGUGGCCUACUACGUCAAAAAUAACCUUGUGCUGAAACUGAUAACAAGGAAUAACAUUCUGCUAUGGCUAGAUCGAAUGAUGCAUCAGAAGUUGUUCCAAGACGAAAUAGCUUUUUAUUACCCCACCUCCUUUACGAUGCCGGUGAUAAAUUUUUACGACACGGAUGGUCAAAAUGAGAAGCUUUACAUGAACAGCGUCAACGUUGAAGCGGAUUGCUCAGGAGGGAAAAGUGAGGAAGAAAUGGCCUCUUUCGGAAGAUGGCAUCCCUCAUAUACGUCCAAAAAGAGGGAAUCAUUUGUGACGAAGGGAAUGCACAAAAGUGGGUUAGAAGAAGGAGAACCGAUAACUGGAGAUGCAGAAGACGACACAGAGGAAAUAAAAGUACAACCAAAUGGUAACAGUCGCACCAGGGAGAAGGAAGAAUCCCUUAUCAUUGUGUUCUCCAAUCAAACGCACAUCGAAAAAAUAACCAAAAAUCGCUACAUAAUGGGCUAUAUUUUUAAAGAGAGCUACGAAAAAACGUCUGAAAUAUUCUUUUACCUCUCCCUCUUUGUAAGUAACAUCGUUUCGAAUUUGUUCUACCCCAGUGUGGACUAUGCCCAUAUAUUUACAAAUACGCUUCUGAAACAUGAAAAAAGGAAAAUAAAAAGAUUUAUACUAAAUAACGCACAAAAGGUGAUCAACCAAAAAGGGGAACCAAGUAAAUGUAACACAUUCGAAUUGUGGAAUUUCUGGUACAGCAAUUUCCACAAGUACAUUUCUCUUAAAGUUAGAAGCACAUUCAUUAUAAGGAAGGAAGGAAACACACUGAAAAGAUCGAAUUUAAAUAUCUUUUCAGACUUGAUAAAAAUUAUAAAAAAUUUGAAUAGGAGUUUGUAUUACAUUUUUAUCAACCUGUUUCAUGUGGAAUAUUUUAACCUCUUCAUUAAGGUAAAGAAGCAGGGGAAGAAAAAGGAGAGUGCGAAACAGAGACGGAAAAAGCUAACUGCAGAUCUUACAACAAACUUUGGAGAAAUGAAAAAAGCUCAUUUGAAGACAUGCAAAACCUUUGUAAAGUACAUAUUUCUUAUGUUCAAUAAUUUAUUUAGCAUUUGCACCAGUUUGUUCGACCUGGGAAUUCCAAACGGGGAAUUCCCGCAUAAUUCCAUUUCAACCAAAGUGCCGGUAGAAGAAUCCUUUUUAAAUGAAGACCUAAGUUUUGUGAUCAACGAGGUGAUGAUUUUUCUGGAAAAUGUUGUAGUCCUUCAUAGCUACUUUAGUUCCCUUGGCUUGAGAAAACCUUCAGUGGAGAAGAACCAUUGCGAAAAUAAGCAACAUCAAAAGGGAAGAGCGGCCGUAGAAAGUUACCACAUAGAUAUACACAACACGCUGCUGAAAAGGACGCACGCAAAAUCCCCAAACAGAUCAAACUAUGCGUACUACGGAAAAAUAAUUCAGCUGGUUUUGCACAUGCUACGUAAAAAAUGCUACAAUGGUAAUAAACACUUUGGUUAUAUCUUCCUAAAUAAGCUAAUUACGAUUUAUCAUUUUUUGGAAGGCACCAGCAGAGCAAAGGUGUAUUUGUACAUAUAUGAGCUGUUGGGAAUGACUAAGCGGAACCCCCUAGAGUCUUUGCUAAAUCAGGUCCUUUGA